AUGGCUAAUUUUAAAAAAUCUGCAAAAAUCACCCACUCAUUGAAUGUACUUACAUCAUUCAAUGAACUAAAACAAUCUGACUGCAUUUGUAACUCCACAAUCAAAGUUGGUGACAAAUCUUUCAAAGUCCAUCGAGAUCUGCUUGCCGCAGUAUCAAAGUACUUCAAAGGCAUGUUUUCAAGUAACAUGGUUGAGGCUCGCGAUGGUUUUGUCAUUAUGAAAGACAUCUGUGCUGAUGCUGUAGGGCAGUGUGUAGAUUUCAUGUAUACUGGUGAAGCAAAUCCAUCCAUGGAAUCUGUUGAAAAUACUUUGUAUGCUUCCCACUUAAUGCAGCUUGAUGUAUUAUCAGGUAUAUGCUUCAAUUUUAUGGAAAAUAAUCUGUCAGUGCAGCAUUGCCUCCUAGUGGUCAGGAUGGCAAGACUUUAUGAUCGUACAGAGCUACAAAUCAUUGCUGAGCGAUUUAUUGUGGAUAAUUUUGAGUCUUUGAUUUUGGGUGAAGAUUUUCUACAUUUCAGUAAAGAAAAUCUUGUAUUUUAUCUGCAAAAGUUGAAUAAAAAACAUGAAGUAGUUUGGCAUGCUGUGAGAAGAUGGAUUCUAAACAAAGGUGAAAAGAUUGGAUCAGAACUGAUGGGGACUUUGCAUUUUGGAGAGUUUCCUUAUAACUUUCUGUUCACUGAUCUGCCAAAUGAUUCUUUGGUAAAAACCUCUCCAGAAGCAAAAAGUUUUGUCAUCAAAAAAUUGCUUUUGAAUAUCGAUGGGUUGAGAGAAAAUUUGUCUCUAAUCGUCUUGAAAACAAAGUUGACUCAGAUAAUGUCUUAUGGCUCAGAGUUUUGA